UCUCUCUCUCUCUCUCUCUCCAUAGUCUCUAUUAGACCGUUGUGAGCAAAUCUCUUUUUAAUAAACAAACUCAUUGAGACCAGUCCAAAUAGAAAGAACCAACAAGAAGAAAACCCAGCACUUCAUCAAAGCUCUUCCGCAGCAAAUAACAAAAAGACAGAAGACAGCAAACAAAAACCUUCACUUCCACCAAAACAAUGGCAGGGACCAACGGCUCUCUGCACCAAACCCACAUCCCAAGCCAGACCCUCGACCGUCUCUUCACUGCCCUCGAUCCCAAAUCCCUCAUUCUCUCCCACUUCCAGAGCAAUCAAGAAAAACCCAAUUUCCUUCAACUCACGACGGAGAGCUUUGUGAUGGAGAGAGGACCCAGGUACAAAGCUUAUUCGGAUUUGAGAGAAUCAAAGCUCAGAAUGAAGCAAGCGAGGAACCAGUCGACGGAAAAAGAACCGAGUUUGUCUCCACCCAAGAAACAGGCGAAACAGGGGAUUUUUCCCCGGAAAACGGGGUCCUCUGUUUUGGCACAAUCGGUGCCGGACUUUGCGGCGGUGGUGAGGAAAGAGAACCGGAAGCCGCCACCGGGCAUGAUGCCGGUGAUGAUGGAGAAGAAGUCGUUGACGCCUCCGGCGAAGAACUCGAAGAAGGCGUUGUACGGGGCCGGGGCAGGAUCGGGGAGUAAGUCCGUGAAUUCAGGGGAGAAGAGGAGCGGUGGGAUUAUGAUGGGGAGGAAGAGUUAUGCUUGUAUGGAGGAGUUGAAGGGGUUUUCGGCGGCCGCAGCGAACGCGAUCAACGGAGAAAACCGGGGAGGGAGGAGUGGUAGAGGAGGGGGUGUUGGUAAGACUGUUUUGGGGUACAGACAGUAUUGAAUUUGGUGGAGGGGUUCAUGUUCAAAUUUCUUGAAGGAUUUUUUUCCUUCUAAUUUUCUGAUAUUUUUUAUGAUAUUUUUUGAUUGUUUGAUUUUGGUUUGAUUUCCCAGAGAAAAAUCAUGAGGUCUGCAUUUUUUUCUGGGUUUCUUUGUAAAGGUUUCAGCUGAGUCUGAUAAUAUACAGAGUAUUCUAUGUUGUGCUACUCUGAUCUUUUAGUAGAGAUUUUGGUCAACCUUUUUUUCUGCCCGUUUAAAAGUAACAUUUUCCUUGUUUUCAAUUUA